AUGCGUUUCUCUCAUUUAUUAACUUCCGCUUCUUUAAUCUCUGCUGCCGUCGCUGCUCCUGUUGUUGGCCACGAACACAAGAACAAACGUGAUGUUGUCACCACCACCGUCAAGAACUUGGUCACCGUCCAAGUCACCAUGAACCCAGACGGUUCUGUCAUGAACAACGCCGAAGUCCCAGCUGCUCAAGCCGCUCCAGCUGCCACUCAAGUCGCUCAAGCUCAAGUCCAAGCUCAAGCCGAAACUCCAGUUGCUCAGGCUGAAGUUCAAGCUCAAGCUGCCUCCACCCAAGCUCAAGCUCAAGCUGCUUCCACCCAAGCUGCCGCCUCCACCCAAGCUGCUGCCUCAACCCAAAACCAACAAUCUACCGAUUCUUCAAGUUCUGGUUUCAGUGCUGCUGCCAGAGGUGUCACCUACUCUCCUUACACUGCCAACGGUAACUGUAAGUCUGCUUCUGAAGUCGCCUCUGAUGUCGCUCAAUUGAAAGAUUUUGGUAUGAUUAGAUUGUACGGUGUCGACUGUAACCAAGUCGCCAACGUCUUGCAAGCUAAGGCCUCUAACCAAAAGUUAUUCUUGGGUAUCUUCGACAUGGGUAACAUCGAAUCUGGUGUCCAAACCAUCUCUUCCGCUAUUAAACAAUACGGUUCUUGGGAUGACGUUUACACCGUCUCCAUCGGUAACGAAUUGGUUAACGCUGGUUCCGCCACUCCAUCUCAAAUCGGUCAAUACGUUUCCACCGGUAGAUCUGCUUUGAGUGCUGCUGGUUACAACGGUCCAGUUGUCUCCGUCGACACUUUCAUCGCUGUCAUCAACAACCCUGAAUUGUGUAACUACUCUGACUACAUGGCUGUUAACGCUCAUGCUUUCUUCGACCAAAACACUGUCGCUGCCGAUGCUGGUUCUUGGGUCUUACAACAAAUCCAAAGAGUUUGGACUACUUGUGGUGGUUCCAAGAACGUUUUGAUCACUGAAACUGGUUGGCCAUCAAAGGGUGACAACUGUGGUGUCGCCGUUCCAUCCGAAGCUAACCAAAAGGCUGCUAUUUCCAGUAUUGAACAAACCUGUGGUAACGAUGCCAUCUUAUUCAACGCUUUCAACGACUACUGGAAGGCUGAUGGUGCUUACAACAGUGAAAAGUACUGGGGUAUCUUGGACUAA